AUGGAACAGAAGGAGCCAGAGCCCCCCAACAUCAAAGUGGAAGAGGAAGAGCUCUGCGUGUCUAGCAGUCGCGAGGCCGAGCGAGAAGAGGAGCGGGUCGCCAAGUUCCAAGUGAUGCGCGUCAUUGUGAAGAGCGAAGUCGACGAUAAAACUCAGACUCGGUUGGCCGACGGAACCCGACCUCACCAGCGUUCACCUCCGGUCAAGCGCUCUCGACUUCCUUCGGACCACCCCUACCCAAAGGCCACGGCCGACCUAAUGGCAGCCGCCGGCGCUCUAUCGGGUUUAAACUGCACCCGACAUGAGCGACUCCCGAGCGGGAAAACUUUCGUCUGCUCGUUUUGCUGCAAAACCUUCAACCAACGGGUCCAUUUAUCCCGCCACUUGAGCGUCCACACAGGGGACAAACCCUUUCACUGCACCAUUUGCAGCAAAAUGUUCGCCACCAGGGACCGAUUGCACUCCCACAUGAGGAUCCACACGGGAGAAAAACCUUUCAGCUGCUCCGUUUGCGGCAAGCGAUUUUUCCACCGCUCGCAUUUAGUCAAACACUCCCAAAUUCACACGGGCGUCAAGCCGUUCCCCUGCCUUUUUUGCGGCAAGCGCUUUUACUCCAACGGUGAUCUGAUCAAACACACGCGGACGCACACGGGGGAAAAACCCUUCACCUGUUCUAUUUGCAACACUAGCUUCAGCGACAGCUCCACGCUGGGCAAGCACAAGCGCCGCCACACGGGAGAGAAACCCUUCAACUGCAGUGUGUGUGAUAAGCGCUUUCCCUUCAAGUUCCAGGUGAAAAAGCACAAGUGUGUUGCGCUGACUAGUUUACAGUGUGUGUGUGUUACACACAUGACGCAAAAGGGGAAGUAUCAAGUGUGUUUGUGUGUGCGUGUCUUCAUUUGGUCUUUGCGCCAUCGAGUGGACAGCCGACCUGAUUCAAUGUCAUCCCUCUUCCUCAACACCUCGCAUAGCGUCCUAGCAACCAAGGCAACUAAAGGAGGAGACAUGGACACACUCUCCGUUGUCCUCAACGCCUUCACCAUCCUGCUCGGCAUUCCGGGCAAUUCCAUUGUGAUCUGGGUGGCAGGUUUCAAGCUCAAGCCAACCGUCCUCAAUGUGUGGCUCGUCAACCUUGCCGUAGCUGACGUAAUCUUCUGCUUCACCCGAAUCUUCUCCCUGGUCAAGAAACUGUUCCUGGACCACUGGCCCUUUGGCUUGUUCAUCUGCAAAUUCAACGGCUUCUUCAAGUACGGCAACAUGUUUUGCUCCGUUUUCAUAAUGGCCGUCAUCAGCCUGGAUCGGGCCCUCUGCGUCUGGUUCCCCGUGUUUACCCGGACCCACCGCACGGUGUGCAAAGCCCGCUUGGUGGCUGUGUGUGUGUGGGCGGCGUCGGUGGUCUUCAGCACACCGUACUUUUUCUACCGGCAAGUCUUCCCAGAUUCCAAGAACCUGAGCAAGUGCACCGUGGAGGAGGUAGAGGACGAAGAUGCCAGGAUGGUGCUCUACUUCAUUCGUUUUCUUUGCGGCUUCGUGCUGCCUUUCCUAGUCAUUCUGUGCUGCUACAUCCUAGCUGGGGUGGGCAUCCGCCGCGCCCGCUUUUCUGGGAAGUCGCGUACCUUGCGUGUGUUGGCCUUGCUGGUGGGCGCUUUCUUCCUGUGCUGGGCUCCGUACCACGGGCUGCUAAUGCUCAGGAUGGUGGCCAGAAAAAGCCCGGUGGUCAAGUACUGGCUGCCCGCCGCUAAGGGUGUGGCGUACUUCAACAGCUGCGUCAACCCGCUUCUUUACUUCUUUGUUGGACUCAUGAUGAAAGGUCGGUCGAAGAAGUCUUUGACGGGCCUGUACAAACGCGCUCUAGCCGAUGAUGUUGACGUACAAUCUGGGCAGUCCACUGAGGACACGGGGGAGAAUGGGUCACAGUUGUGA